GUUCAGUGCUCCUCCUGGGUCCACAGGACCUUGCAAUUAUAUUGAUGUUUCAAAAUAGCAUCUGCUCACAAGUAGAUUUCUCUCUUCUUGCUAUCACUAUAGUACAGUGAUAGCAUGCAAGAAGUCUAUACAAUUUUAAAAUAAAAAAACAAACUAUCUAAAACUAUCUUGCGUAACUAGACUCUAUAAUAAUGUUUUGUUCAAAUUCUUCGAUACCAGAAAUGCAGCUCGAUCAAAAGUUGGAGGAAAAAGUGAAUUUGACGUUGAAGGGGCAUCUGUUACAGAUAUCAGAGUUAUUACACUUUCCAGAUUGUGGCAAUAGACUCUGAUGAAUGGACCAACGGUAGAUUACGUCAUGAGGAGGCUGAGUAUGGAACGCCAAAUAGGUCAAAAAUACAUCCCACUUCAAGGGGGUGUCUCACACAUCUAUCGGUUGCUUUGCACACAUCGAUCUUUACCCACUUGUACACUUUUGACAUCUAUUGACUACACGUACUUGUACUUGACAUUUAUUGACUAAUUGACAUCUAUCGACUACUUGACAUCUACUGCUACGUAUGCUUACAUCUAUCAGCUAGUUGACAUCCAUCAACUACUUGACAUCUAUCAGCUACUUGACAUCUAUCGACUACUUGAGGAGAUCGAGGAUGCCUUACUUAAACAGGCUUUGACAGAGAGCAAGCAACCUGAUACUCAACAUAAAUCUGUGAUGGUCAGCUCUCUUUCUUGCUUGCUGAAGCUUCUGUCUGAGUAUCGGUUCAAGGAAUAUCAUCAGAUCCCAAUACGACGCACUCAUGUGUUAGUAGAUGCACUCAGAGCUGCAAGGCGGCCUGCAUUUACAAGCAUCAAGACAUUGACGGUUCACUUUGUAAGUGAGGAAGCAGAAGAUGGUGGAGGCCCAUCCAGGGAGUUUUGGUGCCUGUUGGGGAAAGAGAUAGCUCAGUCCAUGUUUGAGGGCCAUGAGAACAGUAAGGUUGUGCGGCACGAUUUAUUGGCUUUGCAGGGUGAGAAGUUUCUUCUCGUAGGAAAAUUGAUGACCAUGGGAAUCACUCAGGGUGGUAGUGGUUUCUCCUUUUUUGGAAGUAGUCUUUACGCAUACUUGUGUGGUGUUAAAAUCUGUGAUAUUGACAUACCUGAUGAAGAAGUACCAAAUACUAACGUCCGGAUCCUUAUUCAGAAGAUCAAUGAUGCUGCUGAUGACAAAGACCUAAAAGAUUGUAUCCUUGAUGAAUGUGACACCAUUGUGAAUGCCGGGUACAGCAAGCCACUUUUUACCUCGACGCAAGCAGACAAAGUUGAGAUAGUGAAGACACUAAAACUCUACUACACUCUUCUAGAGUCUUUAGCAGAGAUUAACCAGCUCAAGGAGGGAUUGCAAGUGAACGGUGUGGGAGAAGCAAUUGUGAAGUACCCUGAACUAAUGAGGCCUCUAUUUGUGCACAAUAACACACAAGUUCUGACUGCUGAGACCAUGAAGGCCAUGUUCAAAAUCACCCACUUUUCACCUAAGGGCUCAAAUGAUCUUGCUAAAGAAGAGGCUACUUACAUGCUGUUUGUAGAUUUUCUGUACGAUUGUGAAUGUGUUGAAGGUGACUCGGAGGAUUCUGUCAGUCUUAAGACCAUUCUUUCUUUUACUACUGGUUCCAGAGUCUGUUCCACCGAUGGGAUUUGAUAACUCUUUGGGUCUGAGAUUUAACGAUACCAAUGUGUUUCCCACGUCGUCCACUUGUGCGUUGGAGCUAACCCUGCCCUCCAAGUAUUAUAACAAUCCAGAGGAGUUUAAAAAGAAAAUGGUAUAUGGCCUAUAAGCACUGCAAUAAAAUGAACAUAUACUCUUUUUGUGUUUGACAAAACCUAUUAACCCUGUAUCACUUUCAUACUUUAUCAUGAUUCUUUCGAACAUAUACUCUUUUUGUGUUCUAUUCACCCUGUAUCACUUUCAUACUUUAUCAUGAUUCUUUCAAUAUCAUUAUGUUACAUCAUUCUAAAUAGACAGA